AGGGAAAGCUGUGAGAAGGGGAGCAAUGUAAAGCCUUAGGAAGGGAGAUGGGGGCCUGUCCCCUUGUGUAGACAGCAGGUGAACAGAAGUGCUCCAUUUUGCUCUUGUAGGGACGAGCAACGUGAGGAGGAAAGGUUUCUCUCUGGCUUUUUUUCUCUCUCCUCUGUGAGCAUUCACGUGAGGUCCCACCUGGCAUGGAUUACUGACCUGAGCAAAGCUAUGCAUGUGGAUUACCUUUGCUGUGUUACCUUUAAGCAAGAGGGAUGACUCAGGUGCCUGCUGACUAUCUGUCCACCACCAGCUCCUACAACUAUGAUCAGCCCCUUCCCUCCGUGGCUCGAACAAGCACUGUCACCCAAGUACCCCCGGCCAAAAAAAUAACCUUCUUCAAGAGUGGAGAUCCUCAGUUUGGGGGAGUGAAGAUGGCCAUCAACCAGCGAAGUUUCAAGAGCUUCAAUGCGCUCAUGGAUGACCUUUCUCAUCGGGUCCCACUGCCGUUUGGAGUACGGACCAUCACCACCCCACGAGGAAUACAUUGCAUUAGUGAGCUGGACCAGCUGGAGGAUGGAGGAUGCUACCUUUGCUCCGACAAGAAAUACGUCAAGCCUAUUAACAUUACUUCUGCUGGACAUAGACCAGGUCCUCCACGAACUGGUCGUCCCUCCAGUACCUUGAGAAGAGCAGCCCAGGAGGGCAGACUAGAUGAUUAUUCCACACCUUUCACUCAGCAUGGCCCCAGAAUUCCCAAGAAAAUCACUCUUGUUAAGAACGGAGAAGCUGGUUUUCGGCGCUCAAUUAUCUUGAACCGCAGAAACGCAAGGAGUUUCAAAACUCUCCUCGAUGAGAUUUCAGAGAUCCUGCAGUUUCCAGUGAAAAAGCUCUUUACUGUUGAUGGGAAGAAGAUUGACAGCAUGCAGGCUCUGCUGCACUGCCCCAAUGUGCUGGUGUGUGUCGGCCGUGAGCCUUUUAAACCUGUAUCAAUAGAGAAUUUGAGGAAACACUCGGUGGAGAAGCUGCCUGACCUGGCUCCCCGUUCCAACAGCAACAAUGUCAAUGAAAACAAUGAAAACCUGGUCCAUUCCUUGGUCAAUGAUGACAUAGAGAAGCGAGUGCAUGUGAACAAGGAUGGCAGCCUAUCUGUCGAGAUGAAAGUCCGCUUUCGCUUGCUAAAUGAUGAGACUUUGCAGUGGUCCACCCAAAUCAAAAAGUCAAAUUUGAUGAACCGAAUGCCUUGUGAAGAAUCAGGUCUAGAGGAGGACAGUGGAGUAGACCCCAUACAGAAAAUGAACCCAGAAGCCAGCUCAGAGGCAGAUGAUUCAUUAUACCCGUGUGAUGUUGAUUCUUACAUGUCAAAACUCGAGGAAUCUGAGUGUGAUGAGGCUCACUGUCAUAGCUGUGGCAAGAAGCACCAGGACUAUGACAUUUGGAAAAACCCCAUGCACACUUCCCAGAGAGAAGAGCCCAGUAAUAAAAAGAAGAAUUCCCUACAUGCAGAUGAUCUAAGAUCAUGCAGCAGGGUAUCUAAUUACUCCAAAAGCUCAUGUGAAAUCAAGAAAAAAUCUAUUGGAGACCCCAUGUCUCAUAACUCAGGAUCUUUUCAGUCAAACAUCUCAUCUACUAGUGAAGCAGAGGCAAUUGUUGUUAUUACUGAGGAGAAAAGCUCAAAAAGUACCACCAAUGGCUACAGUGCAUCCUCAAAAAGCUCAAGGAGGCAAAGCCAUAGAGAAGAAAACAGCAAGCCAUCAUCUCUCUGCUCAAGCGUUUCAGGCCGUAAUGGAAAAGUUGGAGAGGGUCAUUCCAAGAUGAAUUCAGAGGCCCAUUCUUCAAGACAUGGAAGUAUAAGUGAGAGCGUGUGUUCAAAAGGUGACCACUUAACUGAGACCGGGAUUAGGAAUGGAAAUCCUGAAAGUGUCAGUUCAAGAGUCUCUUCAAAGUCAGAAGUGGAAGAUAAACGCUUGUUGACACAGAUAUCCCAGGAGAGUGAUGGUAGGUGUUCACAAUCAAACAUAUCUCAGUCUUCAAGGCAGAUUAAAAGUAGAAAUCUUCAUGUGAAGAUGUCAAACUCCAGUCGAGCAUCACCAUCAGAGACUAUGUCAAUAUGCAGCAAGCAUUGCCCUGCCCCGCCGAAAGGGAAGCCAAACAGCAAAAAACCACGAUCAGCCAUUUUGAAGAAUUCCUCCAUUAGCAGCGUAGGUACGGAGUCAGUGUUCACUACAGGAAGACAGCAGAAAGAAGUUGUAGAUUCCUCCAAACCAACUUCCUUUGGAUCUAAAUCAGUUGCAACUGAGGCAAAUGAUCAGAAGAAUACAAAGUUUAACGAUUCUUGCAAUGGAAAAGUGGAGGAAGUGUUAGAAGACGCAGGAGUGCAGGAGGAAUGGAGUGACUUAAUGCCAUCUAGUUUACCAAAUACAUCUCCAGAAGAAGUUGUGCAAGAAUGGCUAAGUAAAAUCCCUUCAGAAACAUUGCUUAUGAAAUAUGAAAUGGAGGAUAAUGCAGAAGAAGAAUGUAUAGAAGCAACCACUGAGUUGUCAUGCUGUACAAAUGCCGAGGAAAUCUCAGAGGAUGAAAAAGCUGAGAAAAAGAAUGCAGAGGAAGUUGAAAAUGAAGCAGUGGAUGAAGUGGAGAAAGAGACAGUAGAAGUCAAUGCUGUAAACAAAGAGGCUGAAGAGUAUGCAGAUCGGGAACAAAUCCCUGAAGUCUUGUCCGAAGCUGCCAAGGCUGACCAAGCAGAAUGCAGUCAAUCAGUUACAUCUAGCCAAAAUAACAACAAAAAAGACCUGCCAACCUCUGUCCAGACUUCUGUCCAGAUUAUGAAGGCCUUGCUCAGUUCAAAACAUGAAGCAAAAUUCGACCGAUCAAACAGCUUGCCUGAAGUGUCUCCCACAAUGGGGAGAAAACUGAGUAAUUCUGCUACCAUCCUCAUCACUUGUCUUGCCAGUCUCCAGCUCCUUGAUGAAGAGUCAGAAGAUCCAUCAGAUAAAUCAAAAUGUUUGAAUAAGCCAAGGUAUAUGGAACUGUUAAAUAUUUUCCAAGCCCUGUGGUUUGGACAAACAGCUGAAAAAAGUGGUCCAAGCUCAGGCCAAGAGGCAAGCGGACAGGAAAAGUCAGCUUCUGGGUUUAAAGUCCCCAGAUCUGCAAACGGUGACUUCACUCCCAUGUCCUCCUCUGGGGUGGAUGUAAGCAGUGGUUCUGGUGGUUCAGGAGAAGAGAUUACAGCUGGUGCCAGGGACUGCAAUUUACUAGCACAGAAGACUGUUGAAUUCAAAUCAGAGGGUCAAGUGGAAGAUGGAGAGACUGCUACUGAACUGACUGAGGCUGAGGAGCAGAGUAAACAGGAAGAGCACUCAUCCCGGCCUUCCACAGCCUGCUCAAAAUCAAAAGGUGAGGAAAAAGCAAAUUCUGCUAGAGAGGAAUCUGUAAUUCAAGAUCAGUGCAGUAACUGCGAAAAUGAUCAGGAGGAAGUGGAGGAAAAUGAGAACACAGAAAAUAGCAGAUUAGUUGAAAACGGAGAGCAAGAAGAAGCUGAAGCUGUAAAUGACGCACUUCUAAAAGAAAAUCUUGAAGAGGCAGCUGAUCAUUUAUCUACUACCAUUGAGACAAAUGUCAGUGAUGCUGACUGUGGGACAGAACCGAAAGCUGAUGUUGAAGGGCAGCUUGAAAAGGGAUCUACAAAGGAUCCAGAGCCCAAAGUCGAUAUGGCCACCAGUGUGGGAACAUCUCUUGUCCAGCAAAACUCAGUGGAUCCGGAUCCAGUCUGGGUGCUGAGGCUACUAAAGAAAAUUGAGAAGGAGUUCAUGGCUCACUAUGUCAAUGCUAUGAAUGAGUUAAAAGUCAGGUGGAACCUGCAGAACAACCAGCAGAUGGAUGAAAUGAUCUUGGAGUUGAAGGAGGAAGUGAGCAAAAGGAUACAAAGAAGCAUAGAGAAGGAGCUGAAGAAGAUCAAAAGCAGAGCAGGGGCCAAGAUGCCGAGACCUCCAGAUGGACCACUCAAGCGUGAGUCAACACUCCAAACUGAGCAGAGGAGACGGCGACUGCAGACUAUGCAUAAAAAGUCAUUCUUCAGUGACAAGACUGGAACCCACAGUAGGCUUGCAGACACAUCAGAUUUAUCAUUAGAUGUAGAUGAAGAUACAGCAUUUAGUGCAGCUUUUGAGGCAAGUAUUAGUGAGCAACCAAGUGAGGAGGAAUAUUGCCCUUGUGACACUUGUGUGAGGAAAAAAAUGGCUUCCAAACCCACGAGAAACCCAGUGGUGGCCACCAAUGCCCCAGUCAUGAAAGCGUUUGAUUUACAGCAGAUCCUGAGGAGAAAGAAAGACGAUAAUGAGGAAGCCUGUGUCUCAGAAGCAGCCCAGGACAGCAAAGCAACUCCCAGUAGUAAUGUGGAGGAAGCAGCAGAAAACACCAAUGCAGAUGAAGAGAAUGAUGAGAGUGACCUCCAGUCAGGCCAAAAGGAAAUGAAAGGAAAUGAAGAAAAGGAGUCAGUAUUAGAUGAAAUGGAUGGCUCAGUGCUGAAUGAAGAGGCAGAAGGACCGAUAUUAGAGAGUCAAAACUGUGAGACUGAGGAGGAGAAGGAAGAAGAAAAGGGAGAAACAAAAGAAGUGGAGGAAGAAGAGGAAGAAAAAGUGGAAGACAUAACACUGAAGGCAGAGGAAGAGGAGGAAGCAAAAGAGGAGGCAGAAGGAGAAACAAACGAAAAUGGAGAUGAGGAAGUCGAAGAGGAAGCAGAGGAAGAAACAAAGGAGGGAAAAGAAACAAAAGAGGAGGAGGGGAAGGAGGAAGAAGAAACAAAAGAGGAGGAAGAGGAGGAGGAAGAAGAAAUAAAAGAGGAGGAGGAGGAAGAGAAGGAGGAGGAAGAGGAAAGGAAGGAGGAAGAGGAGGAAAGGAAUGAAGAGGAAGAAAUAAAAGAGGAGGAGGAGGGGAAGGAGGAGGAGGGGAAGGAGGAAGAAGAAGAAACAAAGGAGGAGGAAGAGGAGGAGGAGGAAGAGAAGGAGGAGGAAGAGGAAAGGAAGGAGGAAGAGGAGGAAGGGAAUGAAGAGGGAGAAAUAAAAGAGGAGGACGAGAAGGAGGAAGGAAAGGAGGAGGAGGGGGAAGAGGAGGGAGAAGGGAAGGAAGAGGAGGAAGAAGAAAAAGCAAAAGAGGAAGAGGAGGAGAAAGAAACAAAGGAGGAGGAAGAAGACAUGGAGGAGGAGGAAAAAGAAGCAAAAGAGGAGGAAGUAGAGAAGGAAGAGGAAGAAGCUAAGGAGGAAGAGGAAGAUGUGAAGGAAGAAGAAGAAGAAACAAAAGAGGAUGAGGAAAUGCAAGAUGAGGAAAGAGCAUCAAAGGAGGAUAAGGAAGCAAAAGAAGAUGAGGAAAUAGCAAGAGAGGAGGAAGAAGAAGCAGAAGAAGGAGAAGAAGAUGGAGAAGAAUCCACGAAAGAGGAGGAAGUAGCCAACAGGGAAGAAGAAGAAAAAGAAAUGCAAAAUGAGGAGGAGGAAUUUGAAGUAGAGUCCAAAGCUGAAGAUGAAGCUGAUAAUGAAGCUGAAGAAACACAGGAGCCAGGGGGUGAAGAUAUUGAGGCUGAUGAGGAGGAGAAGACAUUCAAACGCAAAGAAGAUGUUGGUGGCUCUGAGGCAGAUGAGAAUUCUGAAGGAGAUGCUGUGGAAGGAACGGAGGAAGCUGAGCUGGUUGAGGAUGAGGCAGCAGAAGAUGGAAAUAAGGGGUUAGAAGAUGAGGCAUGUUCAAAUGAAGAAGAAAACAACAUUGAAGGUGGUGAGAAAUAUGAGGGGAGUGAUGCAGAACCCAUUGGUGAUGACCCUGACCAGGCAAACAAAAACCACAAAGGCAACAGUAAGUCUUCUGAAAGAGCCUCCAAGGCCAGAGGCAAAAGAAACAGGAAAAGGCUAGAGACUCUGAGCAAAGCAGUCACCUUUUUUGGUUCUUCUUCUCUGAGAAACUUCUCACAACAGUCCCAGAAGGGGUCUGAUGAUGAAAGUGAAGAGGAAUGCCAAGAUGACUCCAUAAGCGAGCACCCCAGUGGAGAGGCUCAAAGUGAUGAGAGCAGCAAACCUUCGAAGAUGUAUCCUGACAGCGAGGAAGAAGAGGACAAAGCAUCUUCAUCCAUUGAUCCUGUGGGAGAUGAGGAACAGCCAGAUGCUGAAGGUGCAGAUCGGAAGGGAGACGAACGUACUGAUAAGGUUCAGAUUUCUAAAAAGAAAGAAGGCUCUGAUGAGAUUGACCAGGAUGACCUGGACUUCUAG